AUGUCUGCCUGGAUGGUGGGCUGCACGCCGCCGGAGCUGAAGCAGUUGGCCCAGCCCACCGUCUGCGUCCUGAUCCUGCUCAUGGCCGCCUUCCUCUGCCCCUUCACGUGGUUCGAGUCGCCGAAAAACUUCUGGAUGGUAGCGGUGCUGGGUCUGUCCACCUCGAUGGCCUCCUGGGUGCUACUGCUGAUGAAGCUCUGCGCCGACUUCUGUCACCGCCCGACGCCUCCUCCACGCAUCCCUCCCUCACCCCUGCGGAUGCUGGUCGGCAUGAGCGGCGUCACCAACUGCUUCAGCUCUGGCGGCGUGCAGCCCAAUAUCCAGGCAGACAUGCGCGACCGGUCUGCCUUCAGCUCGGCACUGGCAGCAGUGUUUCUUGUGUUGCAGCACUCGAUGUGUAGUGCGCCAAGAGGCUGGUCCCCGCCCCGGAUCAUCGAGCACCCGGUGGGGUCAGUGGUGGCCAGGGGUCAGCCGGUGACCCUCAACUGCCGGGCGGCCGGCCACCCCGCGGCGCGCAUCGUCUGGCUCCAGGACGGUCGACCGGUGACCGGCGGACGACCCGACCGACUCGUCCUGGCGCCGGGCAGUCUGUUCUUUCUGGCGGCCAAAGAGAGGGAUGCAGGAGUGUAUCAGUGCCGGGCAGAGAGCGCCGCCGGGGAGGCAGAGAGCCGAAACGCCACGCUCGUCGUUGCAACCCUAAGGGACGAAUUUCGUAGGUGGCCACGUCCAUCCAAGGCCACACAAGGCGGCGACGUGGUGCUCCGAUGUGACCCUCCCAGAGGUCACCCAGAGGUCACCGUACGGUGGCUGAGGAACGGUGAACCGCUCGUGAUGAACGACAGACUGAGAAUGGAGCGAUUCGACCUGCACAUAGCGAGCGUGCAGCGUUCGGACGCUGGAGACUACGUCUGCCAGGCCUCCAACGUGCUGGGGGUGCGCCGGUCACGGCCAGCGCAGCUCACCGUUCUAGUGAGUCCGUACUUUGUCCUGCGGCCGUCUCCCGGGCUCGGGCUGGCCGGAGGCUCCCUGCUGUUACCCUGUCGUGUCGGUGGAACACCCCAGCCAAGGGUCCACUGGCGACGUCUCAACGGAGCGCUACCCGUCGGUCGGCUCCACUACACCGAGGACAACAGUAUGCGGAUAGACGGCCUACAACCGUCGGACGCUGGUCAGUACAGCUGCGAGGCGGAGAACGAGGCGGGACGCAUUUCAGCACCAACCACAGUCAACGUACAUGUGUCUCCCAGUGUGGACGCGCCGGCCCAGAAGUCGGUGCGGCUCGGCUCGGCGGCGGCGCUCAAGUGCCAGGUCAGGGGUCACCCGGUGCCGCGGGGUGUCUGGUGGAAGGAGGCCAGCUUCGACCCGCUCCUCGCCGAUCAGGAGCGGGAUCGCAUUACGACGUCCAUUCAGAACGACCUGUACAUUUCGCCGGUGACGUCUGCUGACCUGGGCUGGUGGGUGUGCGCGGCCACCAGUGCCGCCGGCUCGGUGGCCAGCAGAGUGCUGCUCCACACCGGGCCCAAGCCCGCCGACCACGAGGUCAAGGUCACACCCAGCAGCCUGCACAGCGAGCUGGUGCACCUAGAGGAGGUCAAGGUCACCGGACAGCACUCCGUACGGCUGACCUGGAAGACCUCUGACCGGCGGCCAGUGGACGGGUUCUACAUCUGCUACAUCCUGCUACCCCCGGCCGAUGGCGAGGUCGCGGCCCCCUCCCAGCGUUCCCGCGUCGCUCCGGGUGACACCCAGCUCCGCCGAGUGACCGUGCUGAACGGAGGAGCCGAGAGCUACGAGCUGACGGGGCUGCGAGCCGGAGCUGCCUACCAGCUGUUCCUGGUGCCGUUCAGAGCGGGUCGAGAGGGCCGCCUCAGCCGCCUGAGGGAGGUGCGGCUGCCCGAGGCAGUGCCGUCGGCGGCGCCUGGAAACCUGACGGUGACCUUCACCGGUUCGGAGACGGUGAUCGCCUGGUCACAGCUGCCGCCCGAGGUCACCAACGGACGGGUCACCGGGUAUGCGGUGACGGUGCGCUCUGCGGACCGGGAGACAGCCGCUCUGGAGUCCUCCUCGGCCUCUGCCUCGUCCGCUGGGAGUUUCACAGGCUCCGCGGACCCCUCGGCGACCGACACGGAGCGCACAUACCACGUGACCCAGCGGCGGCUGGCGCUGGCCGGUCGUCGCGCUCAUCUACGGGUUCGAGUGGCCGCAGUAACCGCCGCCGGCCGCGGCCCCUUCUCGGCCUGGUGGAGACCUGACGCCGGCACCGGCACCGACACCAGCCCCGGAGACGGCGGCGAUGACGUCCGUGACGGUGCCGGUGACGGAGGAGCGGCGGUGACAGACCCCCCGCUGACGGUGACGGCCACUGUGCCGCGUCACGUGACGGUCAGACACAUGCCCACGUGGCUGGUGGCGGCGCUGUGCUGUGUGGGCCUGUUCGCGCUGGGAGCGGGCGUCCUGGCGCUCCACUGCCACCGGCUCAGGAAGAAACAGAGUGUGCUCGCAGGAACCACGCCGGAGCUGGCGGACUCGAAGCACCCGCCAUCCGUGCAGGGCUUCCCCGCGGACAUGAGUCUCAGCCAAAACACGCUCUGGCUCAGGGACGAACUCUUCACCAAGAGCGCCUUCCCCUCUGAGGAGAGAGACUCGAACGUCGACCGGCACCUCUAUGUGAACGGUCUGAGUGAGCAGGCGGUGGGUCUGUACGCGAGUGCGCGAGUGGUGGGCUCGCUGAGCUCGGUACAGACCCCGCCCGAGUCGCCCAGACCGGGUCUGCACCGCAGCCUGGGCUCGGCCCGGAUGGCCCGCCGGCUGCACAGUCUCGGGGUGCAGAGCGCGCGCUCGGCGCUGGGCGUCGCUGGCGCGCCACAUUCGCAGCCGGCCAGCCCGCGGCUGCGCCACGACCGCCACCGCGCGCCGCCGCCGUCUCUCUACAGCAGCGGCUCGUACCAAGAGUGCUGCUGCUGCUACGAGUGUGACUACGGCCGGGGCAGGCCGCCGCCGCUGCCGCCAGAGUCGCCCGAUAUCGGCCACAGCGACUGUGACACGGUGUGCAACUGUGAGCUGGAGCGGUCGGCGGCGCGGCGGCGACGACCGCGACCGCGCGGCUCCGGCUCCGGACCGCCCCCGGAGCUCACCUUCGGCUCCGGGUACGGCUCCGGCCCGGCGGUGGAUCGGAGCACUCAGCCGUCGCCUCCAACCGCUCCGUACGCGGCAGGGGAGAGCUCCAUCAGCGACAGCAGCUCGUCGCUGUACGCCGAGACAGAUCUGAACGAGGUGGUCCAUUUGGGAGGAGUUGGAGACGAGCCGGAGAGUGCUGCAGAGCUGACGACGUCGGCAGGAGCACCCAUAACGCAACAGCAGCGGUCGGCGGCAGCGGGGCCGUGCGGACGACAGCCGGCCAGUCGCACCCAUUCUCUCUGCAGUGCCGACUCCGCCUACGGAACACCCGGCCCGAGCCGACACAGCUUCAGUAACGGAGACGGCGGCCGGAGCAACCACAGCUUCGUCGCCACGCCGACAGAUGGCAGGGCCGGCGCCAGGCCCGGCCGCCGCCGGCGCAGCGGAGCAGGGAGCAGCGAACAGGUGGCCUACCCUGCAGCAUAGGCAACCCUCGGCGGGCCGCGACUUUGUUCCGAUUUGGUGGACACAGUGGAACGCGAAGCCAAGUGGUGAAUGUCAACUCGAGACAUGCUAGACAAUGUUUGAUCGGUUGGCGUCUUGUUUGUUAUUUGCGCUUGAUAUGGAUUUUUGACGGCUUUUUGAGGUUGAGUGAUCAUCCGACAAUCGAAAGCACAAUCCGUGCAAUACCAAAACUAUAUCAUUAACAUAUCGAGGCAACAGUAACCGGUACAUAACACGCAAUCAUAUCGAAUAGAAGACGGGCGGACGUCAGCCGUUGGAGGCGCCGCGGCCAUCGGCCAUUGCUAAUGGAGAGUUGAAGAGUACGAGUACGUCUGUUACCCGCCGUUGCACAGUAGCGCCCCUGAACAUACAUAUCCGUCAGUCGUUAGCCCGUGGUGCGUGUCGUUCCUACGUUUGCAAUACGGUUGUGAUACAUGUAGGGGCGUGAGCGGCGAGCGAGGCGAGUUUGGGACGGUGAUUGAGUUUGAGGGCCACUGACUGGAUCUGAGUCACCCUCUGUGAGUUUGAGGACCGCUGGUGAGCGAUGGAGGCAGCGCUGUUGGCGCGCUGCUACGACAAUGUUUUGUAACCUCCGAUACCGUUGUACAAUACAUCCAUUUCAGUGAA